AUGCUGUUUUCCGCAGCCACUGUGGUCCAGAAGUGGGGCGAUAUCUUGGCCAUGACCGCAAAGCUGAGCAAAUCCAUUUCCCUUCCUGGCCUUUACAAGAUUGGCACCGACAAACCCAAGGGCUUCACCGGCAAUGCACGGACGACCACUUUGGCCUUCAAGGUUGCUGGGAACCUGAAAUCGCAGGUGGAUUUGAAGAGGACACCCGCACCCACAGAGCACAGCCGAUACUUGGCCUCCUUGAUGAAGACAGGGGGAUGGCGAACAUUUUACAAGGAAGAGGAAGACGACGUGCCAACCAAGGAGGAGGAUAUUGUUCCCAAGAACAUGAGGCACCCGAGGCUCAGCCCGGCAUGGCUAAAGCAUGAAAAGCAGGUGCUUCGUUGGUAUGGCUUCUUCCAGGAGACAGUGACAGAGAGCGCGAUGGAAAACAGCCGUUAUCGGCACGUUUACAUCAUGUACUUCAUGGAAGAUGGCACCGUGGGCAUCAACGAGCCUAAAGUGGAAAACUCUGGAAUGCCACAGGGCAAUUUUCUGAAGCGACAAAAGGUUCAGAAAGAGGAUGGGACUUACCUUGGGCCGGAUGACAUUCACAUCGGCUCUGAAGUCACCAUUUGUGGCCACACCUUUCACAUUUGUGGAUGCGAUCGAUUUACCCGUUGGUUCUUUGAAGAAAAUGGGGUCGCCAUCGAAGAGGACGAAGAGAUUCCUAUUGACACCUGGCAGACCAACUACCGUAUCCAAAAAGCAAGAGAUCGAGGUGGAUUACCAGUGACAAAGGGUGUGAUGGAUGACAAGGCCGUGAUGAGAGCCUUGGGUGGCAUCCCUCCCGUGGAAAAGAAGUUUGCGCAAUUUCUCCUCAAUGACCGGAAAGUGCUUCGCUUCAAGGGAUACUGGGACGACCACACACCAUAUGGGACGAGGUUCUAUUUCAUUCUUCACUACUACUUGGCCGACAACACCGUUGAGAUCAAUGAGGCUCAUUGCCGCAAUUCUGGUUGGGAUGGUUGGCCAAUCUUCAUGAAGCGCGGGCCGUUGCACAAGAGUAAUUUUGUCAAUGGAAUUCCUGCCAUGCUCUCUGCUGAAGCACCACGGUACCUGCCGGAGGAUUUGAAGGUUGGAGAUUCGAUCAAUGUGUGGGGCCGAAAGGUCGUGCUCUAUGAUUGCGACGAUUUCACAAGAAAGUUCUACCUUGACUACUUGGGUGUUGACCAGUUUGAUGGUCGCAUUGACGUCAGUGAGAAGCCUGUGACGCAUCUGAAGCUCACGCCGCCGCCACACAAUGGCAUUGGCAAGGCAGAAGAUUCCCUGCUGAACUGCACGAUGAUCCAGCCAAAGCCGCCGAAGAUUGAUCUCGAGCGCAUGCUGGUCUAUGGCGGGGAUGCUUUGCGCUUUGAGUGCAAGAUGAUCAAUGGCGAGCCUGAAGAUGAGCUACGCCGUCUCGUCAUUGCUUUCUACCCUGCCGAUGGCGAGAUGGCUGCCUUCGAGGUUCCUAUACGCAACAGCGGCCACAUGGGGGGGCAGAUUCUCAGAGAAGAGGCUCUUGAAAAAUCCAGACACGGGCAAGUAUUUCACGCUCUCGGACUUGUUUGUUGGGCAAGUGAUCACCAUUGCCGCGCAGCCUUUGCAAAUUGUCCGGGCAGACGAGCGGUGCCUACAGUUCUUGGAGGCUCGACCAAAAGAGUUUCCAUAUGCCGACCCAGUUGUGUGCUCAAAGCGGCUAGUGCCACUGGCGGAGCAUCCAGAGAUGCAAGAUGCAGAUGGUCUUAG